ACGGGUGACCGUCUUGUUCAUUCUCCCUCUAGUCACACUACAAUCUGCCCAUAAUGUUCUUUCCAGGCGACCUGCAGAGCGGAAUCUCGUUGGCGAUCCAAGAACACAAGUUGGUUGCUUGCUUCGUUAGGCAAGACGACGAUGAAACAAGUCACAAGUGGGAAAGCGAGUGGCUGACCGCUCCCCUCGACACCUCUUCCGAUGCACCUGAUCAGAAGUCAGUAGGAGAGCGACUGGGCGAGAAAGCGGUCCUACUACGAAUCAAUGCAGGCUCGACGGAAGCUGGCUUCCUAGGCGCCUUCUGCUCGUUGGCUUCUAUGCCAAAGCUGUUGGUCAUCCGAGCAGGCUCCGUUGUCGAAGACAUCGACGCAAAUGUUACCGAAGACGAGUUCAAGAAGCGUAUCGCUGCUCUACUGCAACCUCCCACACAGCCACAGACAACGCAGUCAGCAACAUCCAUCCCUCAAAAUGAAGAUUCGGCAACCGCAGACGUCAGCCAGGUCCUUUCAAGCGUCCCUUACAUCGGAGAAAGAGGAACAGCACUCCAAGACUCUGGCACAAUUUCUCAAGAGACUGCAGAGACGAACGUUCCUAUACCGGCACCAACACAGGGCAACAAUGCAACCAUGCAACAGUUCCUGACCGAGCGAGGUGCCCGUCUCGAAGCCGAACGCAAGAGGAAGGAAGAGGCGGACAAAGAGGCUCGCAAGGCUACAGCAAAAGCACGUAAAGAGUCAUCAGACAAACAGGCUGCCGAAUCGUCGUCCUUGCCUCCGAGCAAACAAGACUGGGCCGAUCAGCAACGAAGUCGCAACAAAGAGGCUCGUGCAGAGAGGGAGAGAAUUCUCAAGUCUAUCGAGUCUGACAAAGCUGCGAGAAAAGAGAAGGAACGACAGAGACGACUUGCAGCCCAAGGCGAACCCUCUUCUGCGGCCGCACAACGACCAGUACAUACUGACACUGCGCCCGGACGCAACUCGACUGUUUGCGCCCUCCAGAUUAGACUGUUCGAUGGCAGUUCGCUACGAACCAAGUUCGACCCGUCGGCCACUCUUGCAACUGCGGUCAGGACUUACAUUUCCCAAAACUCGCAAACGGACAUUCCGUACGAGUUCCGUCAGAUCUUGCUGCCCAAUCCUAGCCGCAAUAUCUCUGUCGGAGAGGAGGGCGAAUCACUAAAGUCACUUGGACUGACACCGAAUGCAACCUUGGUCCUGGUACCAAUCAAAGGAUACACAGAUGCUUAUGCCAGCGGUGGUGGUGGUCUCGUCUCCAAGGGAUUCAAUGCUGGGUUUGGCCUCUUGUCUGGCGCGGCAAGUAUGCUUGGAACCGCUGUGGGUGGUGUUAUGGGCUAUGCAUCGGGCUCAAAUGAGCGACAAGGACCUUAUGUUGCGGGAACAGCAGACGAGAGCGAGACCUCUAAUGCAGAGGGUGAGAGAAUGGCGAACCGAACGGGUGGAAUCAACAUCCGCACAUUGGGUGACCAAAGAAGGGAGACUGAACAAAGUACCGAGCUGUACAAUGGUAACCAGCUGAACUUUGAGCCUCGCAAGAAAAAGGACGGACAAGAUGCCAAGGAUGAUUGAUAGAGAAAAUCGAGAUUAGACAAUGCACAAAGGGUGUUGAGGACCUCGCCGCUUCUACGUGGUCGCAGAUUUUUGCUAUCCUCAGGAAUCGACAUGCAAUUGAGUCAUGGAAGUGCAUGAAGUUGGUAGGGCUCAGAGUACUCGCAGUGGCAUGUGCUAAGUAAAGGUCUUAUUGCAGCCUCUUCAGAAUACUUUCUAGAGUCCAGACUGAUCUUUGGCACCUUUUUAGGCGGCUGAUUACGUUGUAUAAUGAAAGUGCAUGCGUUGAAUAGCGACUCCGAGAAGGCCGGAAGAAAAGGCAGGGCCGCGGAUUUUAGUUUCAAUACCAAGUCUUGAAGGGAAAGUAUAUCAGGG